GGCUUUAUAUAUGAAGCUUCUUAAAUUCAGUCUGACACCACUUUUUGUAUUUGUUAUUUUUGCUGAACGAUCUAGGUCCACCAACAGAUGUAUUUAAUGCAAUGUUUUUAUUUUGAAAUGUAGAAGUAUCACAUCUGAAUACAAAAAGUUGGAUGCAAUCCCAUUAUUUAAUAAUAGUAACAUUAAUACUAAGGGUCAGUAUACUUGCAAAUAGUGCAAGGAUAAGCCCUUAUAUGCAGUGCAUGUGGUGUAAUUACAGAAUCUACCAACAGGGGUUAACCAGGGCCAGCCUGUACAAAAUAUUAAAUUGCAUAUAACCCAACCACAUUUCACACGUCAUCGUUAUUCAACAUUACAAUGAAAAGAAAAAAAUGACUAAUAGUCUUAAAUUGAUAUACCUCUUGGUUCUAAAUUUAAAUGUAAAUGGUUCUACCUUCUGUGUUGAUUUUUGGUUCCUCCUAAGGUUUUAUUCUUAGACGUGGGGAGGUUUUUGUUCCUGCUAGUGCCACUCUAUAACGCUUGAAUGGGAUAUUGUGCAUUGUUAAAAGUCCUGUGUAAAUGGUGCAGACAAUUUAAACUGAACCAUCUGAAACCCAUCUGAAUCAUCUUUUAAUUGGGCCCAUUUGAUCCACAACAAGGUCUCAAGUCGAGGUUGCUCUUUGUGUAUAAAGAGACAACAGCAUCCUCUAGUGACUUGAUAACGACAAUGCUGGAAAAAUAAUAACACAUCUAUUAUUGUCUGUGAGCGUGAUUUCACCAAGUACAACAUGGUAUCUUGCAAAGUGUUUAUCUCCGUCCAAGCACUUUUCAAAUCAGUUUGGCAGGGAGUUUGUGACUGGUGUAAUUUAAGUUGCUUAAUUUUAUGUUCUGUAGAAAAUAUAGAUAUAUAAUAUCAAAAUUAUAAAAUGUUAACCAAAUUUAUAGAAAUUUGCAGUUCCCAACUCUUCACCUUUGUGAGCUGGGUCCUACCACCUUAGAGAGAGAGAGAGAAAAAAAACCUUAGAUUCAUCUUUCAACACAAUUUUUUCUCAGUAGAUGAGCAUAAUGUACAUAAGCAUGUCAUCCAAUGACAGUAAGAACUAGUUCCUUAUUUCAUAAUUUCCUUAUUUGAAAGUACAGUGAACAGAUGUGCACAAAAUGCACUCUGCUUUUCCGCUACCAACCUCAGAUGCUAGAUAUGCUGUCGCAAUGUCUCAGACAGCCACAGAGAGUGAGAGUAAGUGAGGUAACUGCAUGUGUGCUAAUGAACUAGACGAAAACUACAGGAACUGACAGUUGGAGGUGGGUGAACCAUAUUCACGAACGCUCACACUUUCACACGCUAAACUACAAUGCAUCAAGCAACAGACUACACUCUCCUGGGAGCAUCAGGAGGGACAUCACCACCUGCACUGCCCAUCAAACAGCGCAGGAGCAGGUCUUCUUCAAGCUCCAUCCAGGAUCUAGAGCUGAAGGUGGGAGAUCUACACUUGCCUGGACCACAGACCCCUGUGUCUCCAUUUACUGAAGUUUUUACUCCUACUUACUGUAAUGCAGUCCACUGUCCAAUACAUCAUCGCUAUGAAAAUCACCAGGUGAGAUUCUUCUCAGACGAAACUCCUCCGCCAGUACCUAAAAAGAGUCUGACGAGAACCCUAUCCCUCCCAGAGGAGACUCUGGACCCACAUUACCACAAUCAUACAAGAACCUGCAACUAUGAAAACCCCCUAUAUAUGAUAACACCAUUCCAUGACACACUUGCACUACAAGAGGAAUAUCUACAAUAUCAAAAAAAAAAGUGA